GUUCGACCGGAGGAGGCGGUGACGUCACAGCAUCACUUCACAGAAACGAUGGGACCCGCGUGACGUUACAGCUCUUCAUCCAAGCAUCCCUGCAUCUCAACAUCACAACGAUGGACGGAUACGUGCUCCCCGACCGGAACCAAUUCUUGCAGUUUUUGAAAAAACUUAAAGAAGUGUUUGACGCGUGCGACGAGCAUGCGGACGGCUUCAUCCGCGUGCAGCGCUUCGUGGACCUCGGACUGCGCUUCGGACAGGGCGAUGAGGUCAAGACGUUGACCAAGUUUCUGGACCCUAACGCUCACGGGAAGAUCAACUUCAAGGACUUCUGUCAUGGGGUCUUUGCCAUCAAAGGUUGUGAGGACAUGUUUGAGGCGGCUGUGGGCCCCUACUUUGUUCCUGAGGUCCGGCCUUCCUUCACAGACAACGGCUACAUCUACCAGAAUGGCGAGGGCCGGCGGGCCCCAGCAGUCACCGUCUGCACGCGGCCCCACCCGGACUGGGGCCCCUACCAGGGCCAGGACCGGGGCCCCUACCAGGUCCCAGGGGACGGGGACAUGAUGGACAGCAGCGCUGAACACGCAGACUCUGACAUGGGACUGGAGGACGGCUCCUCUCCAGCAUCGGCCAUCUUGGGCGAGGAGCAGUUUGAGGACUACGGUGAGGGGGUUGACCUCACUCCCAGCAGCCCCGGGGGCGAGGAGACACACAACACCGGCUUCUCUCACCGGGGGACCUCCAGUGCAGGCCAGACCCCUCCAAAGAUGCGUCCCCUUGACAACAACGAGCUGCUGGAUGUGGUUUGCUCGCAGUGCUGCAAGAAAGUCAACCUUCUGAACGACCUGGAAGCUCGCCUGAGAGACCUCAAGGCCAGCAGCCCAAAUAUGAAGAUGUCCAGUCGAGCUUUUGGACGCCAGUUGGUCCAGUCCAACGCGGGGGUGUUUGGCGGCAGUGCAGCGAGCAGCACAGAGGACCUGCUGGCUGACAGCAUGGAGCCCUGUGACAUCACAGAGAAGGUCAUUUUUCUAGAAAAGAAAGUAACAGAGUUAGAGAGCGACCGCGCGGCCAACGGAGACCUGAAGUCCAAACUCAAACAGGAGAACACCCACCUGGUCCACAGGGUGCAUGAGCUGGAGGAGGAGGUGAAGGACGUGGAGGUCCGCGCUGAGCAGAGUCUAGAGGAGGAGCUGAGGAGGCACAAGGAGGCGUACGGCCGCGCGCAGCGGGAGCACAGCGCCCAGAUCGAGCUGCUCAGCAACAAGGUGCAGCAGCUGGAGGAGAACAACCAGGAGAUGAAGCUGAAUGUGUGCAGACUCAAGUCCCAGACCGAGAAACUGGACCAGGAGAAGCAGAGGAUGACUGACCAGCUGGAGGACAGCAGUCUGCAGCUGAAGGACGAGAUGGAGCUGUACAGGGAGGUGGUGGACCAGCUGUGGCUCCACCGCCACCAAUUCCACAAGGAGAAGGAGGCCAUGCAGGAGGUGACGGAGGACCUCCGCCGCCAGCUGGAGCGGCUGCAGCUCUUCAGGCUGGAGGUGGAGCAGCCGGGGGAGGGGUGGGGGCGGGCCCAGGCCCGGGCGCGGGAGGUGCAGCUGGAGGUCAAGAGGCUGCAGCAGGAGAACCACAAGCUGAGGGACCAGAACGACGACCUCAACGCCCAGAUCCUCAGCCUCAGCCUCUACGAGGCCAAGAACCUGCUGGCCUCCCACACCAAGGCCCAGUGCCUGGCCGCCGAGAUCCAGACCGCCACCCGCGACGAGCUGGUGGACGCUGUGAAGGAACAAGAAGAGAACAACUACCGCUUAAGGCAGUACAUGGAUAAGAUCAUUCUGGCUAUUCUAGACCAUAACCCCUCCAUCUUGGAGAUCAAGAAGGAAUAAAAAAAGAUCAAUUUGUAGACACACUAUGACUGAGUCCCUACCAUGGCAACCCAGAACCAACCUUCUCUUUAAUGGACUCGCUGGGCUCACCUUCCCAAGUGCAAAGGCAUUCCAAGAUGUCUCCAACCUUUGAUCACAUAAUGAAAUGAGUCGGGUCUGGUCAGACGAGGUGGGUCACCUGGUCUACAGGUAGAGGCCUCCUAGGCCUGUUGGAAGACUCUAGACCUUUCCAGAAGCCUUCCUGUGUACACGUUGAGUAGCUUAUUCACCAGAAGAUUCACAUUCACACAGCUUGAUGACACUGAGCACCAUGAGAAUAGAAGGACAACUGGGUAUACUUUAACAGAUAACAAGGUCUGGAUGUUAUUAAAGCACAAAGCGCACAAUUAGUUUAAAGUAGAACCGUAGGUAACGAACAUGAUGCACAUCUCGUGUCUGCUUCCGGAGAUCAUGAGAUAUGUUUGGAUUAUGGAGGAAAUGGGGAAAUGCAUUUACUUAAAGAUACUUAAUUGGCUCGUUCACACUUUCUGUCAGCAGUUGAUAUUUGAUCUCAAAUAGUAUUGUACAUUGCACAUAUUGUAAUUAUUACGCAUUUCCUCACACUCUAUAGCACCAUUUGAUCAAUUUAAUGUUUAAUGUUUACAAAAGGGAAAUAAGUUGUAUAUUCUGUGGUUACAAUAUUCGGUUUAUAGAAAAAAGAGUUUGUUUAUUAUGUUGUAAGGUUAUUAUAUCUUGUGUUGCCCUUUCCCUCACCAUAUUUGUGCCACAUAAAUAUCAAAAUAUCCAAUGUUGAUUCACUAGUCACACUUUCAUAAUGUCCAUUGAUGCAUAUAUUUUAAUAAGCAAUACCUACCUAGUUUGGCUUUUUCUACAUGCUGUCACAAUCGCCCUUCUACAAUGUAAUUAAGUGUACAGAAUCUAGUUAUUGUUUGUAUUCUCACUACACAGAGAAUAUUAUCUUUUUACAAUAUGAAUGGUAAUGACGAUAAGAAUAGAUUAUAAUGUGUGUUACCAGUGCAGCACAUUAGAAACACAUUCACAUGAGGCAUUACUUCAGGAGUUUUAAAUGGCAUUAACAACGCACACCAGUGCUAUAGCCUUUUAGAAAUAGCCUGGUCACACUGAAGGCCACCAAUGUGUUUGUUCUUUCACGAUUGUAAACUGAAAUCUACAUUUAGUGGCCAUGUUGUAUAAUAUAGAUGUGUGAAUUAAAGUAAC